UAAUUUUAUUCCACAUUGAAGUACAGUUUUCCUAUGCAAAUAUAUAUUUUUAAUAAAACUUAUCAUGUUUUAACAAUGUAGUGAAUUAGAACAUAUUUUGGUUUCAAUCUGCUGAGUUUUCAAAAAGUUUAGCUUAUCUAAUGACAAUGGUCAUUCAUCUUAAAAUACCUUGCCGCUAGAUACACAUGCUGAGGCUGCUAUGCUUCGAAACUUUCCUUAAUUGAAACUUAAAAACGUAUCACUGAUAAAAUCACUAAAGAAUAAGAGCUCCAAUUAUGGCACCUCCAACAAAAGGGAAACCACCAACAAAAGGUGCAAAACGAAUACUUGUGGAAAAUGUGGCUACAGUCAACUUCUAUCGCAACAUGGCAUUAGCUGCAUGCAUUUUGUAUUGUGUACUUACUCCAAUAUUUUAUUAUGAUAACUUAGGACCUACAAUAAUUUUCUUAAAUAUUCUGGUGAUAAGUGGAUACAUUGGAUGUUAUCAAAUGUUAAAAUAUAUAAGUCGACCACAUUACACAGCUGAAAAUCAAUUAAUUGAUCCUGGUUUGGAUUUAAACAUGGAAGGAGGUAUGGGAGAGCAUGUGAAGGAUAUUGUUAUAUUACUGUCAAUAACUCAUGUUUUAGCAAUCAUAUCCAAUUAUUUUUGGUUUCUACUUCUGCUCUUUCCAUUAAGAGCAUGUUGGUUACUGUGGACCAAUAUUCUAGGACCAUGGUUUUUCCAGCCAGCUCCAGAAGAGACAGAGCAAGACGAAAAGAAAAGAAAGAAGAAGAUGAAAAGGAUGUAGGAAAAAAGUUGUGGAUACUAAAUACAUGAAUUCUGAUCGAACAAUUAAGUACAUAUAUGAAAUAUCCCAUGGACAAAUAUUUUAGCAAGUUAUGCCAAUCACAACGUUAUUAUACCUACAACUAUUGCAAUAUUGCUCUUAUAAUGCAUGUAAUAUAGUUAUCAAUACCGAUAACUAGGUAUGUUUAUACAUACCUAUAUGUGUAAGUAUUCGUAUUAAAAUACAACUUUGUUUACAGUUUAUUGUAAUAUUGUUAUUUUAAUGUAAUAUAAAUUAUAAUAUAAAUAUAUUUUUAUUAUUUAUUUCAAUGUCUAUUUUUGUUCUUAAACUUGUGCUGUCUUUAAAUGAAAUUACAUCAGAUUUUUAUGUUAUAGAAAGUUUAAAAGUUUUAGAAUUUGCCCAUAUGUUAAACCAUGACCAACAUACAGGGUGGAAACAAUAAAUGCUUCCAUAUAAGAAUAGAAUAAUGAAUUAAUUAUGGACAUACAAAUUCUUUAUGUCUAGUUAGCGAUUCACUUUUAAUAAAAAAUAUAAAAGUUUUAUAUAUAAUAUUUUUUACCUAUAUAAUUAAGGCAUAAUCGAGUGAUCACUGUUUCCACUGACUGUUUCCAUUCUGUAUACUAAUAUUGAACACUAGUAUUUUAUAAGCAUAAAAAUAUGGAAUUAUGAAUGUUUUUUAAUUAAAUUUAUUUGAAAUUUUA